AUGUCAACCAAUUCUAGCGAACGCACGGUGACUGCCGCCACCGUGCCGCCGUCGACCAUCUCAACUUCCCUAACCACCGCCCAGCACCUUGUCUCUCUCAAGCUCACCAUGAAAAACUAUGUAUUCUGGUGUACCCAAUUGAUACCAUUUCUUCGUGGACAAGGAUUAUUAGGCUACGUAAUCGGCGAUACUCCAUGUCCACCGGCGGUGCUCUCAACUCCGGCGACCAGCGAUGCGGCUUCCGGUGGCACGCCGUCGACGCCAAUGCCCAAUCCGGCUUACGGGUUUUGGAUCCAACAGGAUCAAUACAUCCUGUCUCUCCUAAUUUCAUCACUGUCGGACGAAGUCAUGUAUCUCGCGGUUGGCCGGGAUACAUCGCGGGCUGUUUGGACAUCCGUCACAUCGGCGCUGGGCUCAUCGACGAGGGCACGCUGCUUGAACCUCCUCGCCAAAUUCCAGAGUCUCUGUCAAGGGGAUAGUUCCCCCGAAGAGUAUCUUGGCAGGGCUCAGCUUCUCUUGGAGGAUCUAGCGCUCGUCGGCCGCCCCGUUUCAUUGGACAAGCAAAACUUAUACGUGUUCCGCGGUCUCCGGCCUGAGUUCCGGUCUAUGGCGUCCUCCUUAGCCGCCUCAGGUAAUCUAGUAACGAUCCCCCAACUUGCAGAUUUCCUCCAAGCUCAAGAGUUUAUAUGGGCGGAUGAUUUUCUGCCGGCUGGAGGCGUGCCGGCGGGAUCGCAUACGGCGCUGGUUACCGGCCGAGGUCAACGCAACUCGGGUUUUAGAGGCGGAUCGCGUGGUUCUAGUUCUGGCGGUGGGCAAGGUUGUGGCCGGAACAACUGGGGUCGCGGAGGAUGGCAUGGAAGAGGUCGCGAAGGAGUUCCCCGUUGCCAAAUCUGCCGGUAG